AAAAAAUUGUCUAACUUGAUCAAUGAAUUUUUUAAAACAAGUCAAUUUUCAUUGUGUGGUAUAGCUAAUUACACAUGGUUACUCUAUAAAUUACUUACUUACUUACGCCUGUUACUCCUCGUGAAGGAGCAUAGGCCGCUCACCAGCAUUCUCCAUCCAAUCCUGUCCAAAGCAAUCCUUUCCAGCUCCUUCCAGUUGUUAUUCAUUCUUUUCAUAUCUGCUUCUAUUAUCCGACGCAAUGUGUUCUUUGGCCUUCCUCUUGUUCGCUUCCCUUCAGGAUUCCAAGUUAGGGCUUGCCUCGUGAUGCAGUUUGACGAUUUGCAUAAUGUAUGUCCUAUUCAUUUCCAUCGUCUUUUCCUAAUUUCUCCUUCAGCUGGAAGUUGGUUUGUUCUCUCCCACAGAAGGCUAUUGCUGAUUGUAUCCGGCCAAUGGAUGUUGAGUAUCUUGCGAAGACAGCUAUUUAUAAAUACUUGUACCUUCUUGAUUGUGGUUGUUGUAGUUAUCCAAGUUUCAGCUCCAUACAGUAGAACUGCCUUGACAUUUGUAUUGAAGAUUCUCACUUUGAUAUUGGUUGAAAGUUGUUUUGAGUUCCAUAUGUUCUUCAAUUGUAGAAAUGCGACCUUUGCUUUGCCAAUCCUUGCCUUUACGUCUGCAUAUGAGCCUCCUUGUUCAUCGAUGAUGCUUCCUAGGUAUGUGAAGGACUCUACAUCUUCCAGAGUUUCGCCAUCAAGAGUGAUUGGAUUGUUGUUUUCCGCUUUGAAUUUGAGGACUUUGGUUUUCCCUUUGUGUAUGCUGAGGCCUACUGAUAAAGAGACUGCUGCUACACUGGCAGUCUUUAUCUGCAUUUGUUCGUGUUUAUGCGAUAGGAAGGUUAGGUCAUCUGCGAAGUCCAAAUCGUCUAAUUGGUUCUGAGCUGUUCAUUGUAUGCCGUGUUUUCCCUCACAUGUUGAGGUCUUCAUAAACCAGUCAACCACCAGAAGAAAGAGAAAGGGAGAGAGUAGGCAGCCUUGUCUGACUCCGGUCCUUACUUGGAAUGCGUCUAUCAGCUGUCCUCUAUGCACAAAGUAGGGACAUUAAUCCUUUUAAAAGAAUAGAUAUAUUAGGUUGAUAUAAGUCAAGAACAGAGUUGGAUACAAGGAGAUUAUGAAGAUCACCUCAAAACACUUGAUAACAACUUAAAGCAUACACAAUGUUAAGUUCCUUGGACUAAAGUGCAUAUUCCAAUUUGUCCGAUAGAAUACGAUCAACAUAUGUGAAUAGACAAAUAAAAUCUGAG